CAUAUUUUUGAGAAGAACCCAACAAAGAUCAAGAACUAUGGUAUUUGGCUGCGUUAUGAAAGUUGUCCUGGUUACCACAACAUGUAUAAGUUGCAUCGUGACACCAUUCUAAAUGGUGCUAUGGAACAGAUGUACACUGAGAUGGCUUCCCAUCAUAAGGUCAGAUUUCCUUGCAUCCAGAUUAUCAAGACUACCACCAUUCUAGCUAAAUUGUGCGAGAGGGAGAGCACCAAGCAGUUCCAUGACUAUAAGAUCAAGUUCACCCUGGUGUUCAGGAACGUUAGACCUCCAAGCAGGAAGUUGAAAACAACUUACAAGGCAUCACGACCCAACUUGUUUAUGUAAUUUCUUUAUCAUUCAAUAAAUGAGAGAAGAAAGAACAGCUUCUAAAUAUUACUUAGUUGUUUGCUGAUUACUUGUUUACUAGAAUCUUAGGAUAUCAGAUGGUUGAACAUGGUUUUUGGUUACUGAAUCCUAUUUUUUAUCUUUUACAGGGGGUACGAAAUGCAAUUGAAAUUUCUCUUUCAUGAUGGAGUAAAGUUCAAUAUUCUUU